AUGUCCAAGAUUCAGAAGAGACAGACGAUACGCCAAAGCGUGUCGUAUCCUGCGGGGACAGCGUUCGCUUACAAGGUCCCCGAGGGUUACUUUGGUAAUUUGACCGAGGAGCAAGAAGCAAAGGUUCGAGCAAUGUGGGCAAUUGGAUUCAAAUUUAUCGAGGUUUGUGAGGCCGAAGACGACGCCAGUAAGCAAAAGACCCUCGAGGAGAAGUAUGUCCCGCCCGCGAAACAGACCCGGCGACUGCCACGCGGCGCAAGUGAGACUCACGAAAAGCACCCGACGCUAGUCAAUGAAAUAUUGUCACUAUUGCCCACCACGGAAAAGAACUUGGACAGGCUGGCACAGCAAGCUGUUGAGUCUUUGGACAACUGGACCCCCGAGAUGUACCGGUUAAUUAUUCUACGAGUGGUCAAGCAUGAGCACCCAGACGCGCUUGCUCUUCGAUUCCUCCGCGCAAGCAACUGGGAUGUCAUCAAAGCUACGACCAUGAUGGGCAAAACCAUUUAUUGGAGGACAAUUGAGGCUGGAGUGGACGACGACAUCCUGAGGCACGGAGAAGGUGGCGCGGCGGAAGAUGAGAAGAACAACCGAGGAAUCACAAGAGCGCUAGGCGCAGACUUUAUGAAGCAAGCUCGACGGGGCAAAAGCUUCAUUCACGGGGUCGAUAGAGCGGGACGGCCGGUAACUUACAUCAGAGUUCGACUGCACAGAUCAUCCGACCAGUCUGUUCAGAGCCUCGAGAGAUACACCCUGUACCUUCUCGAGCUGGCCCGCUUGUCGCUGAGGCAUCCGAUCGAGGCAGGCACUAUCUUGUUGGACCUGUCCGGCUUCAAACUUGCCAACUUUGAUCUAAAACCACUUCAGUUCAUCCUCAAGCAAGUUGAGACGAAUUAUCCGGGCUCGCUAGGGCUACUUGUGGUUCAUAACGCCCCAUUUGGCCUUAAAACAAUCUGGAGACUCGUUCGCCUCUGGCUCAACAAAGAACUCACUAGCAAAGUCAAAUUCACAUACGGCAAGAAGGGCCUGAGGAGAUGGAUAGCACCAGAUCAACUAAUAAGAGAACUCGGCGGCGAAGAAGAUUGGGAAUACACAUACGUGGAGCCAGAACCGGAUGAGAACUCCAAGAUGAAUGACACUGAGACACGGGACCGGCUUCUGGGAGAAAGAAUGGUGCUGGCGCUGAAGUUUGAAGAAUUGACAAAGGAGUGGGUCAUGAAUGCUCAACUGAGCGAGAAGGCGAGGGAGAUCUGCGACAGGCGAAACCAGUGUGUGAAAGACUUGGCUGCCAACUACUGGGAAUUAGAUUCUUACGUACGAGCCAGAUCACUCUAUGACCGACUGGGUUACUUUCGUGGUGCUGAUGGUGUGGAGUGGCACCACGGCAAGGCAGAUGAGGAGUCGUUGCAGGAGAUGAUGGAGAAGAUCAGGUCGAUCGACAGUUGUGGCGCGAGUCAUCACGAAGAUGUCAGUAUUUCCGAUGAUGAAUCAUGCUACGACAGUGAUUAA